AUGCUCGAAUCCCUUGCAGCAGGAUUGUUGAAUCGAUUUCUCGGAGCAUACGUCGAGAAUUUCGAUAGCAAGCAGCUCAAUGUUGGGAUUUGGAGUGGAGACGUAAAAUUGAAGAACUUGAAACUCAAAAAAGAGUCUUUGGAUGCUCUAGAUCUCCCAAUUGAUGUGCAGUUCGGGUUUCUUGGCGAUUUGACACUGCAAGUUCCGUGGUCAAGUCUCAAAAACAAGCCCGUCAAAAUCCUUAUUGAAGAUGUUUACUUGCUGUGUGGCCCACGCAAUCAGUCUGCAGAUAGUGCUGUAGAGGACGCCGAGCGUGAGCUUCGCCUUAAAAUGCAGAAGCUGGACGAAUUCGAGGCUCUCAGUAAAUCGCAACCCCCAGGAAAGGAUGAUGACCCUAGUAAUGAGAGCUUUACGCAAUCGCUAUUAACAAAGAUUGUUGAUAACGUACAGGUGUCCAUCAAGAACAUACAUGUGCGGUACGAAGACAUGGAUAACGUGUUCGCAGAGAUUCCGUACUCUGUUGGAAUAACGCUCAGUGAACUUUCAGUAGUCUCCACGGACGAGGACUGGCAACCAAGCUUCAUAUCGAUCACAAGUGCGAUUACGCGCAAACUUUUGACUUUGAACUCACUUGCGGUGUAUUGGAAUGCUGACACUAAGAGUGUGUACCAUCCGGAUCAUGACGAGCUUUUUACACGAUUGAGAAAUACUAUCAGCAACAAAAAUACGAUACCCGAUCACCAGUUCUUGCUGAGACCUGUCACGGGUGCUGGGCGUCUAGUUUUGAACAAAGCCGGUGCCACUGACGAAAAUCCACAUAUCGACAUUGCCUUGCUUUUUGACGAGUUUGGUUUUGAUGUUAACAAUUGUCAAUAUGAAGACAUCCUUAACACGCUUUCGAAGUUACGUUGGUAUCAAAAAACUCUCAAAUUCAGAAAAAACAGGCCUGCAUUCAGUGUUAAUGAAAACCCUAAGGCAUGGUUCAAGUACACAGCUGAAGCUGUGCUGCAAGAAGUACAUGAGAAAAACUACAAAUGCAGUUGGGACUACAUUAAAUGGAGACGAGACAGAAGGAUUGAAUAUAUCAAUUUGUGGAAGAUGAAGCUCGCCGCCGAAACGAAGGCACAAACGCUAAACACAGAAGAUGUGGAGAAGUUGAAAGCUCUUCAUCAGUGUUUAUCUUUUAACGACAUAAAGCUAUUUCGGGCUUUGGCUAAGAAAUCCUACGCCGCUGAAAGAUUAGAAAGUCAACAUGCAGUAACGGACUCGAAGAAGGCAGGCCAAGCUGGCUCCUCUGGCUGGUUUUCUUCCUGGUGGGGUGGUGGAUCGUCGUCAAAUGGGGAUUCAGAUGACUUAGUUAUGUCGGCAGAACAAAAACAGGAAUUCUAUGAUGCAAUUGAAUUUGAUGAAAAUAAGGACAUCGUUGAAUCGGUGGACCUUCCCCCUGAGCGAAUCACAGCGAAAAUAUCUUGUUUAUUAAAUCGCGGGUCCCUCUCAAUAAUUGACAAAAAUAGAGAUUUCAAGCUGGGAGAAAUGGUUUUUGAGAGAUCUGAAACUGAAUUCUUGCAACGACCAGAUUCCUUCUUUGCUUCUUUCAAACUGCACGAGCUGAAGGUUGAAGACGGGUCACCCAACACUUUGUACAAGCACAUUGUGAGCGUGAAGAACUUACAAUUGGACGACGAAAAACACUCACCCCAACUAGAAGAACCUUUCUUUCAAGUCGCACUGGAAAAUAAUCCCCUCGAUCAAUCUGCAGACAAUAAAGUGGACAUCAAACUUCGUAGUAUGACUGUUUUCUACCAUGUUCAUUUCAUCAACGAAAUUAUUAAGCUAUUUCGUCCGCCCCAACAACAUUUGGACACAAUUGGUGCUAUCAUGAGUGCAGCUGAGGCAACUGUUGAGGGAUGGACAGUUCAAACUAGAAUGGGGCUAGAAUCUAUUCUAGAAGACCAUAAAACUGUAAAUCUAAGCUUAGACUUGCAGGCUCCACUGCUUAUAAUCCCGUUGGAUCCCCAUAAAUGGGACACGCCAUGUGCUGUUAUAGAUGCUGGUCAUAUUUCUAUUGCUAGCGAUCUAGUUCCCAAGGAAACCUUAAAGAAAUAUAAAAGUUUGAGCCCUAGCGAAUACGAGAAGCUCGAUUCGAAGGACAUUAAAAGAUUGAUGUUUGACAGGUUCAAACUUCGCUUGACGGACACGCAUUUUUUAAUCGGGCCUGAUAUCCGAACUACUAUCUCUAAUCUCAAAGUGAGCGAAAAAGAGAGCUCAUUGACAAUCCUGAACAACUUAGAAUUUGAGCUCGAUGUUGACGUCUCUAUCCUACCCAAGGCUUUAAAUUUGCCUAAGGUGAAAAUAUAUGGAAAGCUUCCCAUGCUAAAACUCUCCUUAAAUGACUAUCAGUACAAGAUUAUGAUGCAACUUAUUGAUCGUUGCUUGCCUGACUUGGAUGAUGCUGGGGAAAACAUGGAGGACUCGUGGUCAAAUCCCAAGAACGAUCCGAUUUCAAACAAAGAUGUGGAAAUAUUAAGGCAAACUUCCAACCGCUUGAACAAGAUGUCCACCGGUGAGCUUCAGCAACGUUUGCUUCAAAUAAAAUUUGAUGUUGAGGUCGUUCAAUUGUCAGUUUUCAAGUGCAACGACGCGGAAACUCUAAAAUCUGAUUUAUUAAUCGAUUUAAUUGGUAACAAUCUGCAUCUUGAUUUCGCCAAAAGGGCGCAAGAAAUGGAUUUGAGUAUGAGUUUGCAAUCUUUCAAGAUCGAAGAUUGCAUUGAUAAUGAUGUUUCUGAUGAAUUCAAGAAUAUGGUAUCUUCGUCCACCCAAACAGCGCAAGGCUCCCCACUUUUUGAGCUGAACUUCAACAGGGCUCAAAGAAUUGUGGCAUACAAUGGCACUUUGAUCGAGGUUUUCGACCAGGACAUUUACGUUGCCAUGACCGAGCUGUCGUUUGUUCUAACUCCGAAAUCCAUUUUGACAAUGCUGAACUAUACACUCACAACUUUCACAAAUCCAGAUGCCCCUGAAAUGCCAGUUGAUGCUUUGAAACACAACUCACCAGACUUCGCGGAUGCACCACAAAAAAUCAACCUUAGCGUUAAUAUGGAUAACAUCAUAAUUAUUUUGAACGAUGAUUCGCAGAAGUUGGCCACAUUUGAGCUAAGUGCUGCUGAAGUUGAGCUGUUCUUACUUCCAGAGAAGAUGAAGUUAACAGCUAAGCUUGGGGCAAUGCAUUUGACAAACGAGAUACACGACGAAUUGUCAUCCGAUUCACCAAUGAGGAAGCUAAUAAGCAUGAGUGGUAAGGAACUAGCAGAAUUGUCAUAUGAGACUUAUGAUAGUCAAAACGGAAACCUAGAUUACAGCUCCGAACUUACUUUCAAAACAGGCUCCAUGAAUGUGAAUUUUGUAGACGACUCCGUUAAUCGGAUAAUAAAUUUCCUGGCUAAAUUUCAGAAGAUGAAGAUUUUGUUUGACAAGGCUCGAGAAGCAGCCUAUAAUCAGGCCGGGAGCAUUGAGUCUGUCAAUAACGUUAAGCUUGAUAUUCUUGUGAGAGCGCCUGUUAUUACGUUUCCAAAAUUGAUCGAUCCCAAGAAAAAUGCCUAUGACCAUGUUUCCUUCUUUUUGGGUGAGCUUUCUGUUCAAAACACCUUCUCUAGAGAUGGUGAUAUAUUGGUCAAUAAAAUAAAGGCAGGAAUAAGGUCCGGUAGUCUUUCUUCCUUGUUUCAUAUGGAGCAUGAGGUCAUUCAAAGCUUGAGUCUGAUCAAUAAUUUGGAUCUUCAUUUUGAUGUCGAUCACUAUCCAGGAAAGGGGGAAGAAGGCCCAAAAUUACAAGUGAAGGGCGUGUUUGAGCCUCUUCUUGCAGACUUGACUGAACUACAGCUACAAUAUCUUUAUUUGCUUUCGCAAAGUUUACCUACUGCAUUCAUUGUUGAUUAUCGCGACGAAGACUUUGACGAGAUUCAAAACGUUGCUCUUUUUGCUAACACAUUCGUUUCGCCGGUCACUGGUAAGGAAGUAUCGCCUGGCGCGAUUCCGAUGGAAAGCAAUUCUCAAGAACAAACGGUGUCUCGAGAUACUGACGUUUCCUUUCAUUUAACUGCUCCUCAACUUUCCCUCACUAUUUAUAACGAGACUAACAACUUGACCGAUAUUCAAGACCAAGCUAUAACGCGGAUAAGCCUCAACAAUAUAGGCUUGUCUAUGAAAAUAACAGAUGGUUCGAACAUCAAGGCAGAGACUCAUAUAUCCUCUUUCACAGUUGAUGAUAUUAGGAAAAUGAAGCACAAUCAGCAUAACGAGAUUAUACCUAGGGUAUCCCAUGAUAGCUAUCAAUUCAUGGCUUCCUUCAAGAGAGAAAAGCAUCAAACUGUCGUAGUGGACAACGUUAAUGUGACUUUGGAUAGUCCUCGAAUCAUUCUUGCUCUGGAUUAUCUCUUUUCUUUGAAAGCUUUUGUUGAUGCUUCCAUAAAUAUGAAAUCUCCCGCCAAGCUUCUUCCUCCAAGUGAAUACCAAAUGAACCAGACAAUUGCAGAGGACGAAGCGCUCGAGUCCAAAUCCAAGUUUCAGUUUUCGGUGAAUAUCAUUGAUAGUUCACUCAUACUUUUAUCCGAUCCCUCUGAUUCGAACACCGAGGCUAUCGUUUUCAAUGUGGGGCAGCUGCUUUUAACCGAACAAAACAUUACUUCUGCCAACGCAAAUAACAUCGGUAUGUUUUUGUGCAAAAUGCAGUCCUUUGAUAAGAACCGUAUUAGGCUUCUAGACGACUUUUCUGCGUCGCUAGUUAUUGAUAGAAGAGACGCAACCGCCAAAAAGCUGUUGACAAACGUGCGGAUAUCUGUCGAGCCUCUUGUGAUGAGGCUUGCAUUGAGAGAUAUAAGACUUGCUAUGUCGAUCUUCAAUAAAGCCAUGGCACUUGCCAAAGAAAACGGGUUUGCAGAUGACGUCAAAUCAGCAGAUGAUGUACCAACAAAGUAUGGCACAUUUUCAAAAGAAUUCAAAAAAACUCUUUCUAGGUACGCUCCUAGUUUAGUUUCUUCGAUCAGUCAUCUUUCCAAAGGUGAAGCAACAUCCGAGCAACAAAUGGUUACAAUAAUCAAAGAUGAGAAGCUGGAAGCUGAUUUUGAAGGACUGAGACUCGUUUUGAUUGGUGAUGUUCACGAGCUUCCUAUCAUAGAUAUGAGUCUUAAACCUUUUUCAGUAACAGCGAAAGAUUGGUCGAAUGAUAUCGAGCUUCUUGCUUCUAUUGAAACCUACGCCAAUAUCUUCAACUAUUCCAGGUCAAGCUGGGAGCCACUUUUGGAAACUGUACCUUUAUCUUUUCAUUUGUCAAAAGGUGUAGAAGGAGAUGCAGCUCUAUAUUUCGAUGUGGUUUCGCGCAAAUUGGCAGAGGUUUCGCUCUCUUCCAGAACAAUUGCUUUGUUGUCGCAAAUACCUAAUUCACUAUACCAAAAAGAAGACACAGAGGCGAGGGGAGCAACAAAACCUUACAAAAUUUUUAACGAUACUGGUAUGGAUUUGCUAAUAUGGGUUUCGUCAAAAGAAUCUAAAGCAGACCCUGAAGAAACACUACUUGAGAAUGGAAGUGCAAUUCCUUGGGAAUUCGAGGAUUGGAGGAAAGUCCGAGAGAAUCUUGAUACAGAUGAUUCCAUGAAUAUUCUCGGCGUAAAAAUAGGAGGUCAACAGUACGAGACAUCCUUCAAAAUUGAUGCGACCUCGGAGGGUGAAGAUGUAUAUACACUGCACCCCGCUAUCGAUGGUGUUCACACUCGUUUGGCUUGCGAACUAAAACUAAGUGAGGAUAACGUCAAACUUGUAACGAUUAAAUCGACCCUUGUUCUAGAAAACGCCACUGCUGGCACCUUUUGCUUCAAGUUGGAUGACAAUGAAAACGAAAUUCAUGAGGUUCCGCCUGGCGAAUCGCGCUCAAUUCCAGCGCAAAAGGCAUUUGCGACCCGAUUUUACUUGAAGCCGGGUGGAAACUACGGCUGGUCGAAAGAAAGUAUAUCUUGGAAAAAACUUUUAUCCAACCCUUCUUCGAUUGCUUGUGACUCCAAUGAGAGCGACGUCCCCUUCUAUUAUGAAGUAGACGCUAAGUUUGAUGUCAACGAGCCCCUUGCUAGGAUAUAUCCACACAUGAAGAUAGUCAUAUCCUCGCCACUCGUUUUGGAGAAUCUGUUGCCUUAUUCGAUGAAGUACAAGUUGUAUUGGAAGUCAGACCGCGUGAGCCACCAAGGAAGUAAAGAUGAGACCGAAGUUUGUAGCUUGGACAUGGGUGAACGCGUGCUAAUCCACAGCGUUACGCUAAGCGAUUACCUACUACUUUCUGUGCACCCGCAAGAUGACGGGCUACACAUGUCAGAACAGGCCCUUAUCAAUACGAAGCCUAACUCCGAGCUUAGACCUGAACGUAAGGUCUCUUUGAGGUACGAAAAUGGUCAACGGUUAGAUCUCAAACUUCAUUACCAGAAGUUGAAGGGUUCUCGAGCCAAGGUGAUCAGCAUUUAUUCACCUUACGUUGUGUUCAAUGGUACUGAUCGAGAUCUUCAAAUUGAGGGAGACAAGCACAACAUUGCCUUCUCCAAGGUUCUGUUGAAGCCCGACUCUUCGCGUUAUUCUAAGCCCAAAAUGUUCUCAUUUGAUCGCGACAAGUCUAACAAGAAUAGAGCACGCAUCAAGUUCAAGGAUUCUGACUGGAGUAUCCAUACUUCUUUUGAUGCUAUUGGUCAGUCUGUGGAUCUGGCAGUGGAAAUACCCAAUCGCAAUCAAGAAAGCAAUAUCGGGAUAGCAGUAUCCGAAGGCACAGGAAGAUAUGCAUUGAGUAAAGUGGUGAAGAUCUUACCGCGUUACAUUAUUCGCAACAGUUUAGAUGUGGAUUUAGAAGUGAGUGAAUAUGGCUCUAGUUCCGUAAUGACUGCAUGCUCGAUGGUUUCAUUCCCAUUAUACAAAAUGCGGAGCAUAAUCAAUAAACAUCUCAGCAUUAAGUUCCUUGGUUCUCAGUCUGAGUGGUCAUCUCCCUUUAUGAUAAAAGACAUCGGGUCGAGUUAUGUGAAAGUUUUAAAAAAUGGCUCUGGCCAUCAAUUGCUAAAAUUGGACAUUGUGUUGGAAGAUUCGACGAUUUUUAUCAACAUCAGUGAUGCGAAAGGCCAAUGGCCCUACUCUAUCAGAAAUUUCAGUGACCAUGAAUUUAUAUUCUACCAGCGGGACCCCCAUGCUUUUGACAAUGAAGAAGACUAUGACUUGUAUGACGACUUGGGAGACAUGAAAUACGAACCACUUUAUUAUCGAGUACCUCCGAGAAGCGCGAUGCCGUAUGCUUGGGACUAUCCAGCGGCUCGGCAAAAGAAAUUAGUUCUAGUUUCUAGGCAGCGCAAGCGCGAAGUUCAGCUGGCAGAAAUCGGAAAUUUAAGACCAAUGAGACUAUCGCCAAGAACUCCUACUGAGAGUUCCGCCAUUGUAGACUUGAAUGUUGUUGCAGACGGCCCAACACAAGCCCUGGUUAUCACAAACUACAAUCCUGAAUUGAGUUUAUAUAAGCUCAGAUCUGGCCAUACAACAAGUACUUCCCUUUCUUCCGAAAAAAGCGAUCGUUUUGAGGUAAGAGAGGAAGACAAAAACAUUUUCACAAAGUUCAUCGUUUCAUUAGAGGGAGUUGGUAUUUCUCUAAUUAACACGCGCUUGCAAGAGCUCUGUUAUAUCACCCUUAGCGGCCUGGAGCUCAGGUACAACGAGUCGGAUCUUUACCAAACUGUGAGCGUGAAGCUCAAGUGGAUGCAGAUUGAUAAUCAGCUUUUUGGCGGUAUAUUCCCAAAUAUCCUUUAUCCAACUGCUAUUCAAAAAAACCUCAAAGAGUUGAACAACCACCCCGUUCUCUCUGGGUCUAUUUCAAAAGUAAAGGAUGAUACGCAUGGUGUACUGUAUUUGAAACAUGCCACUCUUUUGCUGCAGGAACUUACUAUACAAUUGGAUGAAGACUUUCUUUUUGCUCUGAUUGAUUUUGCCAAGAUGCCGGGCGCUGCAUGGAUUGUCGAAGUUAAGGAAGAAUUGGAUACAGAAUACGCAAUGCUACCAUAUCCAAGCGAGUUGCAGAGAAACCACGACAUUUACUUUGAAGUUCUCCAUUUACAACCUACCAUGCUUCAUCUGUCAUUUGUGCGCACGGAACACCUUAAUGCUGAAGAUGAAAAAAUCUCUCCUCAGAAUACUCUGAUGUUUUUUGCGAAUGUUCUUACUAUGGCAUUGGGCAAUAUCAAUGAUGCUCCAAUUAAACUUAACUCUUUGUUCAUGGACAAUGUUAAAGUGCCAUUGCCAAUGUUAAUCAGUGCUGUUCAAACUCAUUAUGGGCAACAAUUCUUUUAUCAAAUUCACAAAAUUCUAGGCUCAGCAGACUUUCUAGGUAACCCUGUCGGCCUAUUCAAUAACAUCAGUUCAGGUGUGUGGGAUAUUUUCUAUGAACCCUAUCAAGGUUAUAUGCUGAACGACAGACCUCAAGAGCUUGGUAUCAGCAUCGCCAAAGGCGGUUUGAGCUUCGUCAAGAAAUCAGUAUUUGGACUUUCCGAUAGUUUUGCGCGCUUCACUGGUUCCGUGGCUAAGGGUCUUUCCGUCGCAACACAGGACACCGAUUUUCAAGAACGGCGUCGGCUCGAACAAAGGAAGGCUAAGAAUAGCAAGAGCAUUAACGGAUUUGGCUCUGGUGCAACUUCCUUCGUCAAUGGAGUUAGUAGCGGCCUCAGAGGUGUUGCAUUUGACCCAUAUAAAGGUGCUUCUAAAGAUGGUGUGCCCGGAUUUUUGAAGGGUUUGGGAAAAGGUUUAGUAGGCCUUCCAACUAAGACAGCUAUUGGAGUACUCGACCUUGCCAGCAAUGUCAGUGAAGGAAUUAGAAAUACUACAACUGUUAUGGAUGCAUCCUCGACUAACCGAGUUCGCCUCCCCAGGUACGUGGGUUUCGAUAAAACUAUUAAGCCAUACAGCUUGCGCGAAUCUCAAGGCCAGUAUUGGCUCAAGAGUGCCAAUGGUGGUGAAUGUAUCAAUGACAAGUAUUUGGCACAUGUUGUGCUACCUGGUAAACAGCUAGCUGUUAUUGUUUCGCUCUCGCACGUUGUAGAGGUUCGUUUAUCAAAUUUGGAAAUUAUGUGGAAAGUUCGCUAUAUUGACGUACGGUCCAUGACGUUGGAGAGAGUUGGGUUGGUCAUCACACUGAAAAACGCUUCUACGGAAUUGUUUGUGCCUAUCGCAGACCCUGACGAAAAGAGAUUUCUCUACAAGAACAUAUCUAUAGCGGUCAAUGAGUACAACAAGUACUGUCAAGCAGAACUUUAA